GGUCGGAGAUUGGUGUAAAGAGAAGCACUAGAUUGCAGCUCCCAGUCUGUCUCUCAGUAAAAGCUACAGAGUCUUCGAAAUGACUUAGCAAGCCAGUCGUCUGACAAGAGAGGAGAUCUGUCGAAAGAAAUGGGUCAAUCAGCGAAACCGAUCUCCGGCCCGGUUCCGGAAUCGAUGUAUCCAACCCUAGCCUUCUUCAUGCUUGCCGUUGGCCUCGCCGUCACUGCUUCCUUCUUCAUCUAUGAAACUACUUCUUCUAGGAAGAACCGCAGCCUCGCAAAGGAGCUUACCACAGCGGCUGUGGCAUCUGUAUUCUUGGGUUUUGGAUCGUUGUUCUUACUACUUGCCUCGGGAGUUUUUGUUUGAUAGCUUGGAAUGGAGCUGGGCAGAGUCUUGUUUUUCGAGUUUCUAAAAAUUUUCUUUAGAACUUCAUUUGAUAUGAUAGAGUUUGAGGAUAGCCUCUAUAGAAUUCCAUCUCUGUUACAUACUUUCCCUAGUAUAUGGACUUAAUAUGAACUUAGGGUCAGACAUUGAUCCCAUAAUACAAUUCUAUAUUUUUUAUUUAGGAGAAAGUCACAAUUGUAACCCGUAUGUGCAUUCUGGGUAAAGCUUGCCUUGUGAUCCUAGUUGAAAAAUAUCACUAGGAGGUAAGACAGCCUAGGUUGUCAUAGUUAAUAGACCGUUCCUACCUGACUUGAACCAUAAUACCAUUCUAGGAAAUGGGAAGCAUCUCAAUUUUUUAUUAUAUUUUCCAA